AUGCAUCGGGAUAGGAUCUGCCCGCCUACUAGCCUUCGCUGUCUGUGUGAGCAUUCGUCCAAGCGCGACUCCAGGCAUCCUCCCCGAGAUAACAACGACAUAUGCCCAUCGUCUUCCGCUGCACCUUUUGCUCCCGACGCUACCGCGACAGAAACCAUCAAGAUCUCUGUGCUAGACACCCACUGCAACGGUGAUAAGUGCGAGGUUGAGGUCAAUAACAUAAGUGCUCGUAAGGAAGCAGGCGACAACACCGUGAUGGACUGGAACUCUUCGGCCAUGGGAGCCAAGAGCUCGUGCAUUCCGUCGAGCAGCCGGUAG